AUGGCUGCUCCGAUGCAAGUCGAUGAAGCUGUCCCUGGAGAUUCAAUUGACGAGGGUUUGUACUCUCGUCAACUCUAUGUAUUAGGUCAUGAGGCUAUGAAGAAGAUGGCAGCUUCGAACGUGUUAAUCGUAGGGAUGAAAGGUCUAGGUGUAGAGAUUGCCAAGAACGUCGCUUUGGCCGGAGUGAAAACAGUCACAAUCUAUGAUCCUGCACCCACCGAGAUAGCAGAUUUAGGCACCCAGUUCUUCCUCCGUGAAGAAGAUAUUGGUAAACCCCGUGCGGAAGUCACCCGACCAAGAUUGGCGGAAUUGAAUAGUUAUGUGCCUAUCAAGCUGCUUGAGGGUAGUGGGGAGAUCACUCCAGAGAUGGUAGCUCCUUAUCAAGUCGUAGUCUUGACAAAUGCUACGAUAGCCAAACAGGUAGAGAUAAACGAGUUCUGCAGAGAGAAAGGUAUCUACUUCAUCGCCGCUGAUGUCAGAGGUCUUUUUGGAUCCGUCUUCAAUGAUUUCGGUAAAGAUUUCGCUUGUGUUGAUCCUACGGGUGAGAACCCUCAGACAGGUAUGAUCGUCGAAGUUGAAGAGGAUGAAGAGGGUAUCGUUACAUGUUUGGAUGAGACGCGACACGGUUUAGAAGAUGGAGAUUUCGUUACCUUCUCAGAAGUCAAGGGUAUGGAAGGAUUGAAUGGAUGUGAACCCAGAAAAGUCACUGUGAAAGGCCCAUACACUUUCGCCAUCGGUGAUACAAGAGGAUUGGGUCAAUACAAGACUGGUGGUAUCUUUACUCAGGUGAAGAUGCCGAAAAUACUUCAAUUCAAAUCCCUCAAAGAAUCACUUACCAACCCCGAGCUCUUCAUAACCGACUUUGCCAAAUUCGAUCGACCUGAAACUCUUCACAUAGGUUUCCAAGCCUUAUCAGCAUUCUACGAGAAAUCAGGUCAUCUCCCUCGUCCUAGAAAUGCUCAAGAUGCUGCCGCUGUCGUUUCUCUCGCCAAGGAGAUUGCUGGUACUUCUGCUGAAUUGAACGAGAAAGUUCUUGCAGAACUUUCAAACCAAGCUACAGGUGAUCUUUCACCUAUGGUAGCCGUGAUUGGUGGCUUUGUCGCUCAAGAAGUAUUAAAAGCCUGUUCAGCCAAAUUUCACCCAAUGCAGCAAUCGAUGUACUUCGAUUCUCUGGAAUCGCUACCUAAGCAAUUACCUACCGAAGAAGACGCUCAGCCCGUUGGAUCAAGAUAUGAUGGACAAAUUGCCGUCUUUGGAAAGACCUUCCAGGAGAAGAUCUUCAACAACCGACAAUUCCUUGUUGGUUCGGGAGCAAUCGGUUGUGAGAUGUUAAAGAAUUGGAGUAUGAUGGGUUUAGCCACCGGCCAAAAUGGUAUUAUCCAUGUCACCGAUUUGGACACGAUCGAGAAAUCCAACUUGAACAGACAGUUCCUCUUCCGAGCUAAAGAUGUUGGAAAAUUCAAAGCUGAAUCUGCUGCCGCUGCUGUCGCCGAUAUGAACCCCAACUUGAAAGGGAAGAUUAUCGCUCAUCAAGACAGAGUCGGACCCGAGACUGAGCAGGAAUACGGAGAUGAUUUCUUCGCUGCCAUCGACGGUGUGACUAACGCUUUAGACAAUGUUGCUGCUCGUCAAUAUAUGGACAGACGAUGUGUAUUCUACCAGAAACCAUUACUUGAAUCUGGUACACUCGGGACCAAAGCCAACACUCAAGUAGUCGUCCCAUUCUUGACUGAAUCAUACUCCUCUUCUCAAGAUCCACCCGAGAAAUCUAUCCCAUCAUGUACAGUCAAGAAUUUCCCUAAUGCUAUUGAACAUACUAUUCAAUGGGCGAGAGAAGCUUUCGACUCAUUAUUCGUCAAUCCCCCCACUACUGUCAACUUGUACCUGUCGCAACCUAAUUUCGUUGAAACUACCUUGAAAUCCUCAGGACAACAUCACGAUCAGUUAAAACAGAUUGAGAAAUACCUCAAGAAGGAUAGACCAAUGAGCUUCGAGGAUUGCAUCAAAUGGGCUAGAUUACAGUAUGAGAAUGAUUAUGUCAAUGAGAUCAAGCAGUUGUUAUUCAACUUGCCCAAAGAUCAGGUUAACUCAAAUGGUACUCCAUUCUGGUCAGGACCUAAACGAGCACCGGAUGCCUUGAAAUUCAACAUUGAUAACCCUCUCGACUUAGACUACCUAAUCGCUGCUGCCAACCUCCACGCAUUCAACUACGGUCUCAAGGGCGAACGUGAUCCCGCUUUGUUCCGAAAAGUACUUGAAUCAUUUGAGAUACCCGAGUUCACCCCUAAGAGCGGAGUGAAGAUCCAAGUUAAUGAGAACGAGCCCGCACCUCAACAAGAUGACAGUGAUGAGGAUAUCGACGCAUUAGUCGCUUCCUUGCCACCGCCCUCAUCCCUUGCUGGAUUCAGACUCCAACCUGUUGAUUUCGAGAAAGAUGAUGACACCAACCAUCACAUCGAUUUCAUCACUGCCGCUUCUAACCUUCGAGCUACAAACUACGGAAUCACCCCUGCUGACAGGCAUAAGACCAAGUUGAUCGCUGGUAAGAUUAUCCCUGCUAUCGCUACCACCACAGCUUUGGCUGUUGGUUUAGUAUGUUUGGAGCUUUACAAGAUGAUCGAUGGAAAGAAUGAAUUGGAAGAUUACAAGAAUGGUUUCGUUAACCUUGCAUUACCGUUCUUCGGUUUCUCCGAACCCAUCGCUGCUGCUAAACAGAAGUACGGCGAGACCGAAUGGACUCUCUGGGACAGAUUCGAGAUCGAUGGUAACCCAACUCUACAAGAGUUCUUGGACUGGUUCAAGAACAAUCAUAAACUCGAAGUUCAAAUGGUUUCUCAAGGAGUUUCGAUGUUAUGGUCUUCCUUCGUACCUGCGAAGAAGGCUGCGGACAGAAUGUCAAUGAAGAUGUCCGAACUUGUUGAACACGUUUCAAAGAGACCUAUCCCACCCUGGACCAAGAAUCUGUUGGUGGAAGUCAUGGUGAAUGAUGAGGACGAUGAAGAUGUCGAGGUACCUUACGUCUUGGUCAAGAUUUAA